UUCAAGAUUUCUUCCCGUUUCCAUGUUUUCCAACGUUUCGAGUUCUCGUCUCUCCACUCCAAGCUUGCUCUGCUACUUCGAACCCAUCACUUGAAAUCCCACUACCACCACAUCGCCCCCUCUCCUUCUUCUUUUUCUUCUUCGUCAAGCUCGGUGCUGCUGCAUUCAUGCCAGAACCUCCAGACCCUGAAACAGGUCCACGCUCGUAUCCUGGUCUCAACUGGGAUCCAGCCCUCUUCCCAUUUUUCAAAGUUAUUCACUCUGUACGCUCGUUUCGAUGACCUCGGCAGCGCCGUUUCGGUUUUCGGUUCGAUUCGAGAACCAAAUACCAUGCUGUGGAAUUUAAUGAUGAAGUCCCAUGUCGAAUGCGGUCUUGUUGAUUCGGCUCUGUUGCUGUACAAGAAGAUGCGUGAGUUGGGUGUUUCGCAUGAUUGCUUUACGUUCCCGAUUGUAAACAGGGUGGUUAUGUUGCUUGGGGGUGAAGUUGGGUAUGCAGGAAUGGUUCACUGUGUGGCAAUUCAAAUGGGUUUUGGAAUGGAUGUGUAUUUUGGUAAUACAAUGAUUGAUUUUUAUGUGAAAUGCGGAGCAAUUGAUCAUGCUCGUAUGUUGUUUGAUGAAAUGUGUCAAAGAGAUUUGGUUUCUUGGACAUCGAUGAUUUCCGGGUAUGUUUCGGAGGGGAAUGUUGCCUGUGGGUUGAGCUUGUUCAAUGAAAUGAGGUUGGAGUUGGAACCGAAUUCCGUUACUAUGUUGAUCAUGUUGCAAGGAUGUUGUGGCACUGAAAGUGCAAUAUGUGGAAGUCAAUUUCAUGGUUAUGUGAUUAAGAAUGGUUUGCUGUAUGAUGCAUCCGUGCAGAACUCAAUCUUGAGAAUGUAUGCUAAAUUAGGUACAAUCAACGAAGUUGAAGGCUUUUUCAGCGAACUUGAUAGAAGGGAUGUCGUCUCCUGGAAUAUCUGCAUUUCCAUUUUUUCUUCGAGAGGGGAUGUUGCGAAAGUAAGAGAGUUGUUCAAUGAUAUGCAGGGCAAAGUGGCGCCGGGCGUUGAGACAUUAACUUUGGUUAUAUCAGCAUUGGCCAAACAUGGGAUUCUUUCCCAAGGUGAAAGCUUGCAUUGUUUGGCGAUAAAACGUGGGCUUUGUGAUCACGUUUUGCAGACAUCUUUGUUAGACCUCUAUGCCAAGUGUGGAGAAUUGGGAAUCUCAGAUAGGCUGUUCAGAGAAAUCCCUCACAGGAACACCAUUACUUGGGGUGCAAUGAUGUUUGGCUUCAUUCAAAAUGGUUGGUUUAAUGAAGCUGUUGGACUGUUACGCGAAAUGCAAGCUUCGGGUCCAGAACCAAGGGCUGAGAUACUAAGAAGCCUCGUUGAUGCAUUUGCAAACCUAGGUGCUUUGAAGUUGGGAAAACAAAUUCAUGGCUAUAUCAUAAGGAAAUCAUUGUAUGAAGGCGAUGAAAGCUAUACUCAUCUCGAAACCUCCAUAAUAAACAUGUACAUAAGAUGUGGUAGCCUAUCUGCAGCUAGAGUGUGUUUUGAUAGAAUGUUGGUCAAAGAUAUAGUGACUUGGACAUCAAUGAUUGAGGGCUAUGGGAGCCACGGACUUGGUUUUGAAGCCUUGAAACUUUUUGACCUGAUGAUUAGAGAAGGAAUAAGACCAAAUAGUGUCACCUUCAUAAGCUUGUUAUCUGCUUGUAGCCAUUCCGGUCUUGUGACUGAAGGUUGUGAUGCUUUUUAUUCCAUGAAAUGGAAGUUUGGUAUCGAACCUGAUUUAGACCAUUACACUAGCAUUGUCGAUCUCUUGGGUCGAUCUGGGAAGCUUAAAGAGGCCUUAGCUGUCAUUAUGAAAAUGAUGACUUUUCCGGAUAGUAGGAUUUGGGGUGCUCUUCUUUCAGGAUGUAGAAUUUACAGUCUCAGAGAUGUUGGGGAGUAUGCUGCUCAGAGGCUCUUGGAACUAGAACCUGAUAACGCUGGGUACUAUACUCUGUUGAGUAACACACAAGCUAGUGUUGGACAGUGGGAUGAAGUAGAAGAGACGAGGAGAGUUAUGAGCGAGAUGGAUCUAAAGAAGAUGCCAGGGUGGAGCUGCAUUGAGGCUGAAGGAAGAAUUUAUGGGUUUGUUUCGGGAGAUAGAUCGCACCAUCAAGUGGAGGAAAUUUAUGAAGUAUUGGAAUGUCUAUGCAGGAUGCAAUAGGGAUUGAUUUGAAGUUGCUGAUCAGCUAAGUUGACAUGUUAAUUGACGGAUAUAGCUGCCUACUCUAAGGGACAAUGGUUUGUGAUACUAUCAGGACUUUGCUUUGCAGCGAUAGCAGCACGGUAGCAACAUCCAAGUGGUUAGUCCGAACUUGAGAAGAUAAGUGCCAAGUGAGUUUUAAGAUGGCAAGGCACAAGAAGGGGAAGGCCUUUUGGGUUUGUUUCUGGCUUUUGGAGAUCGAUCUCACGCCAUCAAGUGGGUUGCGAUUCAUUAAGUUUGGAUGCUUAAGUAGGAAAACAAGCGGCUACAGGUUCUCAAUGUGAUACAGCCUUUUCUAUUUUAGUUGCUAAAGAACGGCGAAUUCCAUCUGAUGUGAAACAGGGAUUUGUAAUAAGCCGCGAUUCAUGAAGUAUUUGAAGUUCCUUUCUGCCCGUCAUAAGCACGUUAGUAGCAAGUGAUACUCAAGAGCAGUUUGCUUCGGAGGCUGUCCGUUGGCGGAUCAAGUUCGCCAUUACUGGAGGCUGCUGGCAUGAUGAGCAUCGUCGUUGAGACAGAAAUAUGAAAUCGCUCGAACGUCAUGCUCAAGUUGAGCAUCUGAAACUGCAAGAGAUGGAUCACAGCCAUCGUCCUUGAUCUCUCAGGCAAGCUCGUCUCCUUUCAUGCCUAACUCAAAACCAUCUCAGAGUUAGAGCAAGGUGCUUGAACUAAACACCUAAUACAGGUCGACAUAUCGUAAUAGCAUUCCUCCGAGAACAUAAAAAAUGUCACGUACAAAUUUAAGCCAAGUCAUAAAUCUGAAUAACUCUGAAUCUCCGGCUGGUAAACCGACGUGUUCAUGUCUCGGAAACACGAGGUGGUGGUGGUGGUGGUGGAAGUUUAGUAAACAUAGAAGUGGGGACGAUGGUGGUGACGGAGAUGGUGAUGUGGCGGCGUGGACGACUUAUCAAAAUAGGGUGGUAGGAAUGAAGAUGCAGGUAUCCCUUGGCACAUACAUUUCCUUACAUGCGGUCUCAUUUACGUUCCCCAAAUAAAACGCUAAGUAGAAAUUUGAAUGAGGGAGUGAUUUCCGUACUCGGUCUUUUUGUUACCUCCAUUGGCGUUGGGUUAUGCCAAUCAGAGAAGAGGAAAAGGAGUGCGGAAAUCAUUACUCAUUUGAAUACCGUCAACGUAGAAAUUAAGACUAUAAAAUAGACCAAGUGUAUCGAAGAGAUGGUAAUCAUCAUGUGUAACACACACUCGUGUAAACCAAAAACAUUCACAUG